UCCCCGCGGGGGUGUCUGGGAAGGAGAGAUCAUGGCGGUGGAGCCGAGCAAGACGGAGAUCCAGACCCUCUUCAAGCGGCUUCGGGCAGCGCCGGCCAACAAGUCGUGCUUCGACUGCGGCGCCAAGAACCCGAGCUGGGCCAGUAUCACCUACGGGGUCUUCCUGUGCAUCGACUGCUCCGGCGUCCACAGGUCCCUGGGCGUGCACCUCAGCUUCAUCAGGUCCACAGAGUUGGAUUCUAACUGGAACUGGUUCCAGCUGAGGUGUAUGCAAGUGGGCAGCAAUGCCAACGCGACUGCUUUCUUCCGCCAGCACGGCUGUACCACCACAGAUGCCAAUGCUAAAUAUAAUAGUCGAGCUGCCCAGAUGUACAGGGAGAAGAUCCGGCAGCUGGCAAGUGCUGCCAUGGCCAAGUAUGGCACUGAUUUGCUUAUAGAUGGACUGAGUGGAGCCCCUGGGCACUCCCCUGAGAAGAGUGAUGCUGAUUUCUUCAUGGAGCACACACAGUCUUCCAGUACCUGGGAUGUAGCAGAUGCCACCCAGAAUCCUGCACAGUCUUCUCCAGAGAUGGAAAAAGCAGCAAAUUCAUCAGAAGGCAGCGAAAUUUCAAAUCCCACCCAAGGUCCAUCUAUUGACUUGUUGAGCACAUCUCCUAAGGCUCCUCUAGAACUUAAAUCCUCCCUCAUUGGAAAGAAGAAGCCGGGAGCUGCCAAGAAAGGGCUGGGUGCAAAAAAAGGUCUUGGAGCCCAGAAAGUCAGCAGCCAAAGCUUCAGUGAGAUUGAGCGGCAAGCCCAGGUGGCAGAACAGCUGAGGGAGCAACAGGCAGUGGAGUCCAGGAAACAAGCUGAGGAGUCCAUAGUCACGUCAAUGCGACUGGCUUAUCAGGAACUGCAGCUUGAUCGGAAGAAGGAAGAGAAGAAACUCCAGAGCCUUGAAGGGAAGAAACGUGAACAAGCAGAGAGGCUGGGCAUGGGAUUGGUGUCCAGAAGUUCUGUUUCACACUCGGUCACAUCUGAGAUGCAAGUAAUUGAGCAAGAGACACCGCUGGUAGCAAAAUCUUCCCGCUCCCAAUUGGACUUGUUUGAAGAUGGUGGAAGCUUCACAUCUGGACCCCCCAAGUACAAAUACAGUCCCUUCUCAUUCGAAGAUGCAUUUGGCUCACGAUGGGAAACGGACUCUUCAUGGGGUAUGGACAAAGAGGAGGAACCAGAGGUGACCGUUUCCAGCAUUCGGCCGGUUUCAGAGAGACCCGCCAGUAGGCGGGAAAUUGAGAACCGGCCAUCCAUGGUGGAAUCCAAUGAAGCUCGGCAGAAGUUUGCAGGGGCUAAAGCUAUCUCUUCAGAUAUGUUUUUCGGGCGGGAGGCAGAUGCUGAGUAUGAAGCCAGAUCCCGACUACAGCAGCUCUCAGGCAGCAGUGCCAUCAGCUCUGCAGACCUGUUUGGAGAGGCUGACAAUGUGCACUCAGGUGGUGUGUCUAUUGGAAAUGUCCUGCCUGCAGCUGACAUUGCACAAUUCAAGCAAGGAGUGAAAUCAGUUGCUGGCAAGAUGGCUGUCUUGGCCAAUGGGGUGAUGAACUCCCUUCAGGAUCGUUAUGGUUCAUAUUGAUGACCCAGGAACUGCAAGGGGAAGCCAGCAAGAGGCACUGACGCCAACUUUGCCUGGAGUAAACUCCACAGGAUUGUCUUAUUUGUCUGGGUUGGGUGGGGAGGGGAGAAGGUAAGCAGAGAGAGUCAGGACAUGGCUGUGCCCAGGAUGUUUUCUGAAUAUCUCUGGAUUCCACUCUAUUAAAAUUCAAUGUGCCCUCAUACCCACUGCUAUCUACUAGCCAGUGGAGAUAGGCCUUCUUACAGGGUUAACCUCAUUGCUGUAAAGAUGACAGGAACUCCUGGGUUGUCCUCAUCAGUGCUCCUCUCCUUCUUUGGCCCAUACCUUAGCUCACCAAGUGACAGAGAAAAGGGGAAUGCUAUUUUUCUGAACAUCAUGUGACAUGACUGUUUUUUGUUCUGAUCACUGCUCCCAAUCCAUGGUGCUGUGGAGUCCUCUGUAUUUGCAGGGUUUGCCUUUUACCAUGAUCUAGUCCUUUUUACUGUCUUCUAAACCAACAUAUAUGAAUGCAGGAGAAAAAAAAAUCAAAUCAAAGAUUAUUUUUUUAGCUUCUAACUACAUCAUCAGCAAAAAAAGCCCAGGUAAAGAAGUAAAGAAAUUCACUGGAUCCCUGGUUUAUUUUGUUGCCCAGCUUUGGAUCAGAUCAAAGUACUGAGCUUCUAAGUCAACCAUGAGGUGCAGCAGUGAGAACUUUUAGUCCUGUUCAGCUUUGUCUCUGGUUUGAACACGAGUGCUCUUCUCUUC